AUGUCUCUGUACACGGAUUCAGAAGCAGCCCAGAUUGGAAUAACUAUAAUGUUCACCAUAAUAGUGGUCACAAAUCUCCUUGGAAACACAGCCGUGUGCCUUGUUAUUAUUUUGAAUCGUGAUAUGAGGACUCCCAUGAACGUUUUACUCCUGAACUUGGCUGUAGCAGACAUGAUGGUUGCGCUGUUCAUCGCACCACGCUUUAUCUUGAUUCAUCUUUUCAAACAUCCUGACGGAUUAGCCGGCAAAGUGUUCUGUGAGCUGCUGACCGGAGGCAACUUAGCAUGGUACGGUGGAAUUACCUCUGUGUUUACCCUGGUAGUCAUCGCCUUUGAACGUUACUAUGCUGUCAUGUAUCCUUAUGGUAAUCGAGGAAAACUGACGUACAGAAAGUUAAAGCAGGUCAUCAUUCCUGUUCUAUGGAUUUCCGCAGCCAUCCUUGUCAGCCCACUUUUCUUCACAAUCAGUUUUGAUCAAAAAACCAAUUUCUGCGUUGAAUACUGGCCCAAAGAGUGGCUUCCCAAGGCAUACAGUACCACCUGCUUCUUUUUUCUUGGUUUUAUUCCUGUAUCGGUGAUGACUGUGUUGUAUUCCAGAGUGGUAUAUUCAUUGUGGUUUAAACGCGAAGAAAACGAAAUGGAAAGCACCCGACAGGUACAACUCCUCGGUCAUGCUUGUAAACAGCCUAUUGGUCUGACCCCCACCUGUUGGAAUUUUUUAAAAGUUUAAUGGAAAUA